AUGAGCGACUCGGACUUCACGGUGCUGUGCUGCGGUGGCGGCAACGCAGCGCAGGUGGCCACGGGGCUUUUUGCGGUGCGCUACAAGACCAUCGCGGUCUCUUUCUUUGCCGACGAGGCAGCAAAGUGGAAGGAGGCAUUGGGCGAUGCAGACUUUGAGCCUUGGGAAGCACUUAUGCGCUGA